AUAUUUAAGGAAGUGCUAUAAAUUACUCACUCGUCCACUUGAAAUAAUUAUCUUGUCCCCUAUGUGAUAUUUAAAGAUUGUACCAAAUAAAAUUGCAAUCAUAACUUGCCUCACCUCAAACAAAAUGACUGAUACCAUCGCAAAUCGCAACAAUGUUCAUCGUGUGGACGAGACAAAUCGUGCCGAAGUUCUUGACUUCAUAAUGGAAAACUAUUGGACCUGUGAAAACUUCUCACGUGCAAUGAACUUACACAAAUCACCCGAAGCCAUUCAAGAACUGCGUCCGUUUACUAACAUGUUAAUACAACAAGGACACUCUUUGUGCUACAUGAACGGCUGCGAAAUUGCCGCUGUUGCAUUAAACGUCCUGCAAACAACUUGCAGCACACCUGAACUAUACGAAAAGUACGCUCGUAAUUGCAAGCAGCCUGGGGCAGCAGCCAUAUUAAACUUUGUGGUCGAUUUAGAACAAUACGACGAGUACAUUUUCAAACAAAUGAACAUCGAUUGUUACUUGGAAAUUAUUUGCAUAGCAACGGCAGGAAAAUUCAAAGGACGCGGUUGUGCCGGCGUGUUGAUGCAGGAGACAAUAGAACUUGCUAGGCAAUUGAAAAACAAACUCCAGACUGGCCCUGGGGCGGUGGUCGCGGAGUGCACAUCACCUAUUGCAAAAAAAUUAACGGAGAAAUUAGGUUUCUACACUGUCCUUGAUCUCCAGCCGGAGAUUGCCAAGUGGAAGGCCAAGUGUAUCGGGGAAUUGCCCUCGGAGACAAUUUUGAAACUUCAAGUGUUCAAAUUGUAAUUUACAGAUACUGUCAUUAAAUAUUUUGAAAUCCA